CACCAUCUUCCUGAAUCCUGAAUCCUGAUUCUCUUCCCGGUGAAAACAGAAACCCUCAUCAGAAACCCGAACCAAACGGGUGCUAACAGCAACAAACUCUGCACGCAAUAAGAAUGUGUAUGCACAAUGCACAUGCCACCGGUGAGUUGAAGAAAGUAGGGAGUACAAUUUUCUCCCUUCAAUUAUUUCUUCAAAGUGGUUGGCUAAACUUUUCACAGUUGCAUUUCUUCAAACACCUGGAGGACACUGAUGGAAACAGGAAGAAGGCCAACCCUUUCACCUAAAGCUCUUAUGCACCAGAAAUUUUGCAUCAAGGCAUUGUAUAAAAUAGAGGAAGUACAGGAGCCUGCCCAAAAUGGGUGCCUGCAUUAGCAAUCGCUCGGAAAGGAACCUGCCACUACCGCUGCAGCUUGAAGCUCCCAGAUUUUUCCAUUGUUUCAGACAACUGCAGGAAGAAAAAGGAUGCCGAGCAGUCUGCUGCCAAGAUCGCACUGGAAAAGCUAGGUAACCACCCUUCAACGGAUAAUGCCACUCCAAAGGAAGCAUAGGAGGAUUUGAUUUCGCAUAUGGCAUUGCGGAGAGGUGGUGAUCUUCAUGGUUCUGUUACUGUUUCUGUUAUUGCUAGUUGUGUUGAAAAGCUUACCAGUCUCUGCAAAUUAAUCAAUCCAAAAGUGGAGUCAAAUUCUUUCUUGGUUAUCUCCUAUAUUCUGAAUGCAGCUGCAAGACUAUCAGAGUUUGUUGUUAGUUCUGAGGGACAGCUUUCAAUUCAGAAGCAAAAUCCAUACCCUCCUGAGGUUAUUGAAUCAUCAAUAACCCAAGAAUCAGAUGCCCUGGAAAGCAUGUGGACUGGGGCCAUACAUAUUCCAUUCAUGCUAGAAAAGGCUAUUGAGCCAGUGACUCUUCAAGUUCCUUCAAAAGGGUAUCAUGUGGAUGCUAUUGCACAAAAAAUUGGUUUACCAGAUGCAAAGAGACUUCUAGCCUCCAGGUAUUCAGAAACUUUUAUAUGGUAAACAACGUGAGAGCUGUAGGUCUUUCUACAAGUAAGGAAACACAGUAUAGCAGCAUAUAAUUUCAUAAUUUACUAAUUGCUCUCAAUUUCGAUUUUUUCAUAAGAUCUAUUUAACUAAAAUUAGUUAAAAAUAAAGUAUGAUAACUUAAAAGAUGUUUGAAAUAGAUAUUAAAAAGCAGAGAUCUUAAAUAUCUGAUGUGUAAACAUUCUCCGUUUUUGCUGUGUGGCAUAGUCUCUAUCAAAUCAAUUAACUGCUUCUCCCCUGAUUGACUAAAUUCAUAGCUGACAUUUUGGAAGAGUUAUAGGUCAUUGAGCAUAUGGAGGAGGAUUAGGCCUGUCAGUUUGGUGAUGUUGUGCUGAGUUCCUUUCAUCCAAGGAUUCAUAUUGUUUCUACUCCAAAUUAUGAAUACAAUGUGAUACUUCAGAGCUCCAGCCUAUCCGGCCAAGAAGAUGAGCCAACAAGGAAAUUCAGGCACAGUUUUGUAAAUUUUGCAACCAUGACCACAAGUUUGAGUGGAAUAGAGAACAGUUUAAUAACUGGGCAUCUGAAUUAGCCACAAGGCACAAUUAUAGUGUUGAGUUCAGUGGGGUUGGUGGCUUAGCUGACUGGAAAGCUGGGUUUGCUUCUCAAAUUGCGGUCUUCAGGAGGGGAUUCCUACCUGAGGGAGAGGAUCUUCCAAAGAACACAGACCCGGCGUGCCAUUACAAAGUUAUAUGGGAGUGAAAUGGAUAAAAUUCUGCACUUUGACCAAAAAGAAGAAGAAGAAAAGUAACAAUACAGAGAAAAAUUUUGCUUUUAGUUAGAUAUUUGUGGGCUAGUUGGGAUAGAAUACCAAAUUUUGAGCAUCGUUUCCCCAUAGGCCUGUGAUGAAUGUAUGUUGAAGAAUUGAACCUAAUACUAUAUUUGCUAAUGUAUUUGCUUUCUCUUGUAUGUCUGCAUUUGUUCAAAAUCUGAAAAUAUAUUGAAAAAAAAAAU